ACCAUCGGGUCUCUGUGUCCUCCUCACACCGCGGAUCCCCUCCCGCUAUGAGACCGCCCCGAUACCUCCCCGGCCGCCGACACAGGAAGGAGCGGGGGCAGUAUGGCAGAGCGGCUCAUCAGCUCCUUCGGGAAUCUGCGCCUGGACGAUCGGCGCCCCCACCGGCAGCCUCACCACAGACCCCCGGCUCAGCCCCGCCACAGUCCCGCUCCUCCGCCCUCCAGGUUCACCAGCCACAUCUACCUGCUGCGGGGGCUGCCGGGCUCCGGGAAGAGCAGCCUGGCCAGGAAGCUGAAGAGAGAUUUUCCCAGCGCGGUUGUGUUUAGCACGGAUGACUAUUUCUUAAUGGAAGACGGGACCUACAUCUACGAUCCUGAUCUACUGCAAGAUGCUCACAAGUGGAAUCAGAAGAGAGCACGCAAAGCAAUGACCAGAGGGAGGACUCCGAUUAUCAUAGAUAACACCAACAUUCUGGCCUGGCAUAUGAAGCCUUAUGCAGCCAUGGCCCUUGAGAACGGAUAUGGAGUUAUAUUCCUGGAACCGAACACACACUGGAAGUUCAAUGUACGAGAGCUAGCCAGAAGGAAUAGCCACGGAGUCCCCAGAGAAAAGAUCCAACACAUGAAAGACGCUUAUCAGCACAAUGUCACCUUCCAAAUGGUCCUCCGUGCAGAAAAGCCAAACUAAAACAUGAUGCAGAGGAGAAACAGAAGAUAGAGGCAAACCGACAUCACCCUAAGGAAAGCCCAUAUUUAAUGGCCCUUAACAUCCACAACAGCAGGAGGCUUGGUGUCCUAGCCAGGUAGUACCCCCAACAAGCACUCAUUCCUGCUCACCAGACCUGGAGGUAGGUAUUCAUAGGUCUUACAUUACUCUCUCUACGGCUCAGGAGCUCCCAUGGGGAAAGCCUGGGGGUCUAGAGAUUUCCACUUUUGAACUUCAUACACAUUGGCCCAGGUUUACUUGUGUGUUUGGGCCUCGGAUCGGUCUAAUAAGUGGCGCAACUAGGGUCCCUGCACCACAUUUGCUAUCCAGCCUCAGCUACUGUGAUAAAUCCAAGUUUACACCUACAGCAUUAGUAAGUCUGAGCCAUUAUAGGUGUCCAUCAUUAAAGGGUAUUUCCAUCUCAGCAUGUAUGGCAUUAUCCACAGGAUACACCAUAAAUGUCUAAUAGCUGUGGGUCCCAUCUCUGGAACCUGUACUUAUCUUGAGAACAGGGCCUAGUCUUGCCGCCACUAUGAAUGGCUGAGGGGACCCUCUACUAUUAGGCAUUCAUGGCAUAUCCUGUGGGAAUAGGAAUACUCCUUUAACUUCACUAUAAGCAGGCAGUAACUUACAUUCCAUUACUUUACUAUUCCUUUGUGAUUUCAAUGCUUAAAGGGGUAUUCCCAUCUGGGACUUAUAUGGCAUGUUCAGUGGAUAUGCCACACAAGUCCAACAGAUGUGGGUGUCACCUCUGGGACCCCCAUCUAUCUUGAAGAAGUCCCGUUUGUAGACUGCAGUGUACGUCGAGGUGGCUGCGUAUGCGCGGGGUCUCUCCAUUCACUUCCAUUACAUUUCCAAGUACCGCGGAGCAUAGUGGCUUUCCUGGGAUAACCCCUUUAAACACAGAAAAGACCAAAAACCAUCAGGGCUGUGGGUCUGUUUUGAGCAGUCAGAGUUGGUUGAAAUAUAAAAACUCCAACCCUGGACUGAAAGUAGAAGGCAGUUUGCCUCACCGACUCCACAGCCCUGGGAACACUUAUGGACACAUAUACACAGGGACAUGCUUAUAGAUAAUAACUUUUUUUUUUUUUAUAGCAUUUUUUUUACACUUUUUUUAUGAUUUUUUGUUUACAUGCGUUUGAAAAAAAAAAUAGACAACCAAGUUUAUGUGUGAAGGGGGAGGGUAAUACAGCAUGUGAUGGAACUUUCCAACAGAAAUAAAAGCCCCUAUAAAGUCAGAGGUACGGUGGAGCCUCGCUGCUGUGGCGAUUGGUGGGUAUACUGAGGCAUAACUUUCUUUUCUUUUUUUGUAUCUUUUAGUUUUUUUUUAGAUUUGCACUGUGAUACACCUCAGUGAAAAUACUACAAGUCUUCUGUGGUGCCUUAUUACAAUACAGGUGUUUUAUAUCUUAAAUAUCAGACGUUAAAUGUGCAAAUAAAUGGGUGUCAAAAAGUUUUCAAGUUCCAGUAGUGCGUACUAAUCAGUGAGUGCAGAGAAUCCCCAAUCAUACAUCAUAACAAUAACCGGUGAGGACUAGUAUGUGCAAUAUCUGAAAUACUAGCCUCUCCCGGCUUUAUCCCAUUUGUAAAACAGGCUUGGCCUUAACUUGUAUGGGCGGAACCUGUUCUCAAAUAAUACAGUGAUAGUGUCCAAAUAAUGGGGAACAUAGCUGCAUCUAUAGGUCCAGGCAGCACGUGUGGCAUUAAGGAGCCCCUCUCAGAUGUGAUAACCCCCCCCCCCCCUCCCCCAGUAAAAUACAUUUUUACUAACCGCACUGGGUUGUGCACACCUUAGAUUUGUUGUUACAAUAUACAUGUGUACUUUUAGUUAGUGAUGCACGUUGGGCCUGGGGGACAUUUUUGGCACGGUGUAAAAACUAUUUUUUUUCCAAUUUUUUAAAUUUUUAUAUUAUAUGUCUCUUUGUUACCUAAUGUUCUGAGUGCUGUCAUUACACCCCUUCCAUUCUGGCAGUGGGCUCACUUCUCGGGAAAAGUCAUUUUUCACUUGUGUACAUCUAUGCGGCUCUACCAGAUCAGAUACACACUGUUAAUAUAUUAACAUGGUUUGGAGCUGACCUGUAUGAUCCAAUUAAAAAGAAAUCUCAUUUUAUAAAAGAAAAUUCACAGAAUGUAAAUAAUAAUGUAUUUUUUGCUACUUUUAUAGAUUUUUCUUACCUUAAAAUGAUAAAUAUUCAGUCAGCAGAUUUGUCCCUAUGACACUGGCUGACCUGUUACAUGUGCGCUUGGCAGCUGAAGGCAUCUGUGUUGGUCCCAUAUUCAUAUGUGUCCGCAUUGCUGAGAAAAGUGAUGU